AAAAUAUUUGCUUUCCAGGGUUAUACAUGUAGAGUAUUCAACCCCUCGGCCUCACUCACUCAAGAUGAUGAUUGUAAUGAACUUGAAUACCAACCUUUCUCAAUUCUAAGUUCCACACUUUCUCUUAUCAAACAUAGUUUUCAUCUUUCCCAAGUUGUUGGGUUAACAAUGGCUGCCACAUCGUUGUCACUAACAUCAUCAUUGCAUUUCAGAAAAACCCACAGCAGGAUUUCACCUUUCAAUUUUCGUCCUCUCUUCCAAAAGGGUACACAAUCUCUUAAAUCAAAUUUCUCAUUCUCGACCCUUCACGGCACCCCCCAUUUCAGACCUUCUAUUGCAAUUGCCCCUUUCUCACCGACCCAGACAAGAGCUUCUUCUGAUGAAUGCUUUGACCCUGCUGAUGAAGCCGAAAGAUUGCUGCUUUCUGGGGAAAAGCCAGUUAAAUUCGCCUUCUGGGUCAUAUUUUGGGCCUCUUUGUCCCUGGCUUGGUUUGCGGUUUCAAAGGAUGCAAAUGCUGCUGUUGACUCCAUCAAAGCCUCUGGCUUUGGCUUGAAAAUUGCCAAUUCUUUGAGGAAAUUGGGUUGGCCUGAUGGGGUUGUGGUUUUCACACUUGCCACUCUUCCUGUGCUUGAGCUUCGUGGUGCUAUUCCUGUGGGUUACUGGAUGCAACUCAACCCCACAACUUUGACAAUCUUGUCCAUUCUGGGGAACAUGGUCCCUGUGCCAUUCAUUGUACUGUACCUGAAAAGAUUUGCGUCUUUCAUCGCUGCAAGGAGCUCUACUCUGUCACGAUUUCUUGACAUGUUGUUUAAGAAUGCCAAAGAGAAGGCUGGUCCAGUGGAGGAGUUUCAGUGGCUUGGUCUGAUGCUGUUUGUGGCUGUCCCUUUUCCUGGAACAGGAGCAUGGACUGGAGCAUUUAUAGCAGCUAUUCUUGAUAUGCCAUUUUGGGCUGCUGUAUCUGCUAAUUUCUUUGGUGUGGUUUUUGCUGGGCUGCUAGUAAACCUGCUAGUGAACCUUGGCCUCAAGUAUGCUAUUAUUACUGGUAUCAUUCUUUUCUUUGUUUCUACAUUCAUGUGGAGCAUCCUUAGAAAUCUUAAAAAAGGUUUGAAUCCGUCAAAUUGAUGUGAAAUGUAUGAUUUUUCCUUUGUCAACAGUAAAAUAAAUUGUUAGUUUUGUUA